GCCCCGCUGCGCUGCGGGCGGGGAUGGGGCCGGGGGGCUGAGGCCUGCGCAGACCCCCGAGGGCCGGGCCGGGGGCAGCGGAGAGGGUCUGUGGGUGCGGGGUCCCGGUGGGAUCCCCCUGGCGGGGCGGCGGAUGCGGAGGGACCCCGGGCCCGGGCAGUGGCGGGGUGACCCCGGGGGCUGCGGUGGCGGAGGGGACGGCGGGGGGACGCGGGGCCGCGCGGCGGGGCCGUGCGGGGUGCGGAGCCGAGGGGGAUGCCGGUGCUGGGGGGUCCCGCGUCCCGGGGGAUGCCGUGCUGGGGAAGGCUGCCGGGGCCGGGAGGGGCUGCCAGGGGAUGCCGAGUCCUUGGGAGGACCCAGGGCCGCGGAGCGUCCGUGGCCGGGGUCCCCGUGCUACCCCGCUCCCCACAGGCCCGAUGGACGCGGAGGCGCCCCGGGGGCUGUAGGACGCCCCCUCCCCUCCCCAGCACCGGCAGCUGCGGCCGGGCCGGGCCGGGCUCCCGCCCUGCCGGGGGUCCCGCCGCUCCCCGCGUCCUCGCGCCAUGUCGGGGGCCCUGAGCAAGCGCAGCGACCUGGCCAACGACAACCGGUGCCCGGGGCUGAGCCUGGGGCUGGCAGCGGCCCCCGACCCCCGCACCGGCCCCGGGGGCGCCCCGGCCGAGGAGCUGCCCGGCGCCGGGUGGGCGAAGGCCGGGCAGGACCAGAACCGCAACGAGCUCGAGCCGGAGCCGGGGCCGGGGCGCUCCCCCGGGGCGCACGGGGAGUCCCCCGGGGCGCUGGAGCCGGGGGUCCGGACCCGCAAUGCCCGGAACGCCGCCGGGGACCCGCGGGCCCUGCUGAUCGGCGCCUCGGAGGAGGAGGAGGAGGAGGAAGAUGAGGAGGAGGACGAGGAGGAGGAGGACGGGGCCGGGGUGUCGCCGCCGGCCGUGGGCGCGGAGCGGGGCCUGCGGGAGCCCCCGGGGCGCAGCGCCAGCCGCCUCUUCGGGGGGCCCGGCCCCGGCAGCGACGAGGACUCCAGCUGGGCCACGCUGAGCCAGGGCAGCCCCGGCAGCUCCCCCGAUGAGCCAGAGUCGCUGUGGCCGUGCGGCGCGGGGGCACACGGGGACCUGCCCCCCGGCUGGCUGCGGGUGCAGGACACCUCGGGCACCUACUACUGGCAUGUCCCCACUGGUACCACCCAGUGGGAGCCCCCCGGCGGGCCCCACGAGACCCCUUCCGAUGGCAGCACCCCCACUGAGGGGCCCACCCUUUCCUGGACGAGCUUUGCCCCGGCCGAGACCUUCAAUGAUGGGGACUUGUGGAAGGACCCCACAGCUGAGGAGGAAGAGGAGGAGGAGGAGGAAGAGGAAGAUGAGGAACCAGGAGUAUCAGACCUGGAGAUGCUGUCACCAGGCCCAGGAUCACCAGGAGAGGGCAUGGCCCUGGGAGAGGAGGAUGUGCUGGACUCCAAGGGCCUCCCGGUGCGCUCCCUGGGCUGGGUGCAGCUGCGGGAGGAGGAGCUGGGUCCCGGCCGCAGCAGCAGCGCUGUCAGCGCCUGCAUCCGGCAGCUCUCGGGGUCUCGUGAGGGCCCCCCCGGCACCUGGGGGGAGGCCCGGGCGCUGCUGCUGCUGGAGGAGCGCACGCUGAAGCUGGUGGACCCCCAGGACCGGGCCCUGCUGCACGCGCAGCCCGUGGGCGGCAUCCGCGUGUGGGGCGUGGGGCGGCACGGCAGCAGGGAAAGGGACUUUGCAUACGUGGCCCGGGACCCCCUGACGCAGGUGCUGAAGUGCCACGUGUUCCGCUGCGAGGGGCCCGCCAGCGCCAUCGCCGCCGGGCUGCACCGGGUCUGUGCUCAGCUGACGGCGGAGCGGCGAAGUGCCCGGGCAGCAGGCAACAGCCUGGGGACAGACACCCCCCGGCUGGGGGAGCCUCCCCUGCAGGUGGAGUUCCCAGCCCCCAAGAGUGAGGUGGUUCAGCGCUUCCCCGUGUGUUACCUGGGCUGUGUCCCCGUGGCCAAGCCAGUGGGCAUGGAUGUGAUCAACGCGGCGCUGGAGGCGGCGCUGGCCCCUGGCUCAGGGGAGCCCCCUGCGCCCACCCCCGUGGUGGUCAGCGUGGCCCCCGCCACCCUCACCAUUGCUCACCGCCAGACAGAGGCGGUGCUGUGCGAGUGCCGCGUGCGGUUCCUGUCCUUCAUGGGGGUGGGACGCGACGUCCGCGCCUUCGCCUUCAUCAUGGCCAGCGCCCCCGGCACCUUCCGCUGCCACAUGGUGUGGUGUGAGCCCAACGCCGCGGGGCUCAGCGAGGCGCUGCAGGCCGCCUGCGUGCUCCGCUACCAGAAGUGCCUGGAUGCGCGGCCCCAGGCCUCCAGCUCCUGCCUGCCGGCCCCCCCGGCCGACUCGGUGGCACGGCGGGUGGGCUCCUCUGUGCGCCGGGGGGUGCAGACCCUCCUGGGGACCCUCAAACCGCGGCGGGGAGGGGCGCAGACCCCGUGAGUGGGGCGAGGGCAUGGGGGGCAUGUGGCUGGGUAAGGCAGCGUCAGGGGGCAGGACCACGGAGCCAACGCCCCAGGACACAGAGUUGCCCAGGGUGUCGGGUCAGGGGUCCUGCCCCCACCACUGCCCCCACGGUGGGUCACGCCCCCCCCAGGGUCCCCAAUGCAUGUGGCGUAACGAGGGUCUGUGUUGUACUAAAUCAUUAAUUAAUAAACCCAUUCCACCA